AUGUGGAAAAGAUUUCAACUUUGUUUAGUUCCUAGUGUUCUAGCGUUGGUUCUAUUCGCAUUUCAUGAUUUUCAACAAUUAUUUUCAGAUUCAACGGAAAUGUGAGUAUUGUUUUUUUUUUUAAAUUUUGAUACGAGUUUAUAUUAUAGAGAUGCAUGUUAUAUUGAUGAUUGGAAUCGUAUCACUACUGAAGAUAUUCCACAUUCUGAAGAAAAUCGGUUAUUUGCCAAUGAAGGGUUACGAAAAAUGCUGACACUUUUUGAUGGUCAACUUCGAUUAGUUAAUUCGUUUGUUUAUCCAGAUCAUAUUGCAGUUACAACAACAGUUCAACAUUCCGAAAAGUACAAUUCAAAUAAAAAACUCUUCAUAUAAAUUCAAUAAUAUUUUUUAGCACUAACAUAACUUGUGUCUACUUUGAUUGUAAACGAAAAGAAAUUCCGGAUACAAGGUUCAAAUCUAGAUAUUACCCUUAUAAUAUUGUUUAUUGUCCACGAAGAUAUGGAGCUAAAUAUAUGUCAUUGGAUUUAGAAGAUGGAAACGAGAUACCUGAACCUAUCCCUAUGAUUUUUAGAAUAUAUCGAAGUUAGUGAAUACUUCUGAACAACAAAUUGUCGAAAUACAGUAACAUUGAAUUUUUAGAACCCAUCCACGACGUUUCAGUUUGUGUUGGUCCAAUUUAUGGAGAUGAACCAAAAUGGUUAGGAAUUGCGGAGUAUUUUGAACAUUAUAAACUAAUUGGGAUUAAGCAUUUUUAUUUCACAGUUUUCAAUAUAAAUGAAUAUGAUCGGAAAAUAUUAAAUGAUUAUAUCAGGUUAGGAGAAGUUGAAGUAACACAAUUGGAUACUGAAUAUGAAAAUGAAAAUUGGCAAUUUCAUAUGAUACAACAAUCGGUUUGAAUUUUACACAAAAGGUUUUUAUAAAAAUUGAAUAUCUAUUUUUUUCAGGAAUGUCUCCAACGUGCGAAAUUCCAUUCAAAAUGGGUUAUUAAUGCAGACUUUGAUGAAAGACUGGUUUUAAGAAACAAUAAAACAAUAGAAGAUCUUCUAAAUUAUGACAAAAAAGCAACAGAAUAUAUUUUACCAGUUGCACGAGUUUUGAAAAAUGAAACAAUGCCUCAAAAAUAUAUCAACAGCUCUCAAACCGAAAAAGAAAUGCAAUUCAUCAAACAUAAUUUAACUUCACCAGUCACCUUCAAAUCAUCUAAACCAAUUUAUCGUUCGGAUAUUGCAGCCAAAAUAUAUUAUCACAGUGUUGUUCGAAAUUACGGUAAUCAAACAUUAGUUAAAAAAGUCGACCCAGAAAUUGCAUAUUUGCGACACUAUCGAACUAAUGAUGGAAAUGGAAUAAAUUCAAGAUGGCAUAGACAUUUGGCAGGUUUUGCUGUUACUAAUUUGAAUACGGAAUUCAGUCGAAAACUAGUGAAAAAUAUAUUAAAACGGGUUGAAUAUGUUUAUAAAGAAAGAGUAAUGUAUUGCGAUGAAAUUGGAAAAGCAUUCGAGAAAUAUAAAAAGUUUAAAAAUUCUUAUGAUUGUAUUGUUAGAAAUGGAGAUUCGUUAUUUGAUUGAUAUUGUUUUUAUCGCAUAUGAAAAUUUAAUAAAUAUGUUUAACUCUGUGUUUUGAAAGUAGGCUGGAAAAGCAAGUGAUCAACAUCUACAAGACUUUUGAAUAUUUUUUUAUAUUACAAAAAAAUGUAACUGGGAGUAAAAAAUUUUAGAAUUACGAAUUGUCAGAAAUUUAUUAAAGUGAAAAUGAAACACACUUUAUUGAAUGUCGAAAUAUUUUUUUUCCAAAAAUUAGGUUAAAAAAACGUUUUCAAUUGAUGUCGUUGUCUAUUCAAAAAACAAUGAUCUCAUUUCUCACACAGAAAACCCGGCCCAAUUCCAACUGUGAGCUGUGGUGACCCUAGUCCGAUUUAGAAAUAAAAAAGCCCGAUUUCUUGGGUCGCAAUUCUCAACCCCUUAAAAUUCUCAAUGUUGAUUUGUCUGUUUCAAAAAGACACAAUUCUAAAGUUCGGAUCAGAUGAUCGAAUUCGGAAAGCUGGUUCUCUAUUUCGCCCGGAUUUUCAACGCUUCGAAUGUUAUCUGAUUUUUCGCAUCCUUUUAUCUGAUUGAUGUUCUAAACACUUUUUUUCUGUUCUCAAUAGUUCAUAUAAAUCAGAGCGUUAACAAACGACAUUCAUGAAAUAAGAAUGAAUUCUAAGAAAAGAAGAAUAUUACUAAUCACAUUUAUCAUACUAUUUCUUGUUUUUUUCCAUUAUUUUUCAAAUUCAUUUUCAUCUGAAAAUUUUGACAGGUAAACGAUUUUUCAUGUAUUUUGAAGUUUGUUUGUGAAAUUUCAGUGAUUCUGAUGAUUUCCAAUGUUAUAUCGAUGAAUGGAAUAGAAAAACUACAUAUGAAAUUCCAAAUUCAGAAUUUCAUGAAAAAUGGGCGAGAGAAAAUUUGACGGAUCCAAGAUUGGAUAAUAUUUUUGGAGCACAACUUCGAUUAGUCAAUUCAUUUGUAUAUGAAGAUUAUAUUGCAGUUACAACAACAGUUCAACAUUCUGAAUAGUUAGUUUAUCAAUUGUUUUCUUUUUUAUCCAUAAUUUAUUUUAGCGAUAAUAUAACUUGUGUAUAUUUUGAUUGUAAUCGAGAAGAAAUUCCAAAUUCUCGAUUUUUAUCCAAAUAUCUUCCUUAUAAUAUUGUUUUUUGUCCUCGAAGAUAUGGAGCAAAACAUAUAUCAUUGGAUUUAGAAGAUGGAAAUUCUGAAAUGCCUGAGCCUAUUCCAAUGAUUUAUCGAAUUUAUAAAAAACCAGUUCAUGAAGUUUCAGUUUGUGUUGGUCCAAUUUAUGGAAAUGAAUCAAAAUGGUUAGGAAUUGCUGAAUAUAUUGAACAUUAUAAACUUAUUGGAGUCAAACAUUUUUAUUUCACAGUUUUUGAUAUAAAUGAAUAUGAUCGAAAAAUAUUAAAUGAUUAUAUUCGAUUAGGAGAAAUUGAAGUAACACAAUUGGAUACUGAAUAUAAAAAAGAAGAUUGGCAAUUUCAUAUGAUUCAAAUUAAUGUAAGUUGUCCAUAAAAAUAUAAAAAGGUUAUUCAAAUGAAAAUAUUUGUUUCAGGAAUGUCAUAUGCGUGCGAGAUUUCAUUCAAAAUGGGUUAUAAAUGUUGAUUUUGAUGAGAGACUUAUUCUUAAAAACAAUAAUACAAUUCAAGAUGUUUUGAAUUUUGACAAAACUGCAAUUGAAUUACGACUUGCUUUGGAACGAGUUUUGAAAAAUGAAAGUAUGCCCGAAAAAUAUAUCAGUAAUUUUCAAACAAUUCGAGAUAUGCAAUUUAUCAAACAUAAUCUAACACUAGAUGUCAAUUGGUACAAUAAGAAAAUAAUUUAUAAACCUGACAAAAUGGCUCAAGUGUUUUAUCAUCACGGAAUUCGAAGAUAUACAGAACAAUUUCUUGCAAGAAAAAUCAGUCCGGAGAUUGCAUAUUUCCGUCAUUAUCGAACUGAUUCAAAAGGAAUAAAUUCAGGAUGGCAAAAUGAAUCUGGAAAAUUCAAAGAAACUGCCUUAGAAGAAGAGUUUUCCAGAAAAUUAGUGAAAAAUAUAUUGAAGCGGGUCGAAUAUGUUUAUAAUGAAAGAAAAUUAUUUUGUGAUGAAAUUGCACCGAAAUAUUUUAAUACUUAUGUAAAAUUCUCAAAAGAUGUUUUUAAUUGCAUUGAUAGACAAUGA